AAACACACACGGGGAUUAUAUUGCUAUCUCGCAGAAAGGCAAUCGUGAUGUUUUUUAUUGAUUUAUAUAUAUUACCUGAUGCCUAAAUCCGCCGUAAAACUAAAUCAGGAUCAAUUGGUUCAUGCUUCAAUUUACACUCUGAAUAAGUGACAUUCGCAUCAAUACUAAGAUUGUCAUUCGAGGUCUCUUAUACGCUAAUUCGGACGAUAAGCAGCUUGGAAUUGCAUAUUUUAUUUUUGAUUUCUAAGUCCUUGGUUUCGCGUCCACUUGCGAAACGGUUUGCUUCAUUGACAUGGUGUUCGCUUCAUCUAAAAGGACCAUUUCCUUGCAUGGACUCAUCAAGAGCAUUCAUAAAAACCGUUUAUAUUCUUUAAACAAGAGAAACGUUCACCUGACUUAUUCCAAUAGGACUUCUCAAAAGAAUUUUGUACCGCCGUUGGAUACAUUUAGUCGUCGUCAUAUCGGUCCUUCCAAAGAUGAACAAGAGUAUCAGCUUUCUACGCUUGGUUACAAAGAUUUCGAGUCAUUUUUGAAUGACGUUAUUCCACAAAAUGUUCGCGCUAAAGAGAAUAACAAAAAGCAUUUUCCUUCAUUCGAUUUUGAUACUCAUAAGCCUCAUACAGCCCCUAAUUAUUCAGAAAGUGAAUUUGGCGAACUGGCGGAAAAUGUAGCGAACAAGAAUAAGUUGGUGAAAACCCUUAUUGGUAUGGGCUAUUACAAUGUCAAGAUUCCUCCUGUCAUCAUUAGGAAUGUCUUUGAAAACCCGGAAUGGUACACUCAAUAUACCCCAUACCAAGCAGAAAUUUCUCAAGGACGUCUGGAGUCUAUGAUGAAUUAUCAAACAAUGAUUACCGACUUAACUGGCCUGAGCAUCAGUAAUGCUAGUCUUCUAGAUGAAGCCACUGCGGCAAGUGAAGCCAUGGUUAUGAUUAUGGCCAAUGAUCGUAAAAAACGUAAAACUUUUUUGGUUGAUUCUAACAUCUACCCUAACACAUUAUCUGUUCUCCGUACAAGAGCACGCGGUUUUAAUAUCGAUGUAAAGGUAGUCGAUAUCUCCUCGGAAAUUAUUACUGCAAAUGAGAAAGAUAGUUUUGGUAUUCUCGUGCAAUAUCCUGCUGCUGAUGGUUCUAUAUUUGAUUAUUCUGAACUCGCAUCAGCUGCUCACGCUUCAAAUAUGCAUGUGGUCGCUGCCACUGAUUUGCUUGCACUUACUCUUAUGAAGACACCCGGUGAAUGGGGUGCUGAUGUUGCAGUCGGCUCCACUCAGCGUUUUGGCUUACCAAUGGGGUUUGGCGGUCCUCAUGCUGGAUUUUUUGCUUGUAAUGAUGAAUUUAAGAGAAAAUUACCUGGUCGUCUCGUGGGCCUCAGUAAAGAUCGCCUCGGAAACCCCGCUUAUAGAUUGGCGUUGCAAACUAGAGAACAACAUAUUCGUCGUGAAAAGGCCACUAGCAACAUUUGUACUGCUCAAGCUCUUUUGGCUAAUAUGUCCGCAUUUUAUGCAAUUUAUCACGGACCUGAGGGCUUGAAGCAUAUCGCUAGUCGGAUUUACUCUCUUACAAAUAUUUUAAAGCGAGCUUUGGAAAGUGCCGGUUACGAUAUUUCAAAUAAGAAUCAUUUUUUCGACACCUUGACUAUCAAUGUUCAGUGCGCUGACUCCAUAUUACAAAGAGCGUUAGCCUAUGGCUACAAUUUACGCAAAGUCAGCGAUGGUGUUGUUUCCUUGUCUAUGGACGAGAGUAUAACCAACGAAGACUUGAGCCAUUUGUUUAGCAUAUUCGAAAUUCCUUCAACUCCAGAGACUUUCAUAGAAAACCUAAGCGAUGGUAAGUCUAUAAGCUCUGUUGAACAGUUGCCUGUGUCUGCUUUCCCUAAAGAGUUACGACGUCAAACUCCAUAUUUACAGCACGUCGUGUUCAAUAGAUAUCACUCUGAGACAGAAUUGAUGCGCUAUAUUCGUUACCUUCAGUCUAAAGAUCUUUCUUUAGCUCAUGCUAUGAUUCCUCUUGGUUCCUGCACAAUGAAGUUGAACGCAGUAUCAGAGAUGAAUCCCGUGUCAAAUCCGAAAUUUGCCAAUAUUCACCCUUAUGCUCCCGAAGACCAAGUACAUGGCUAUAAAUAUUUAAUCAAUGAUUUGGGAUUGAUGCUGAAAAAUCUUACUGGAUUCGAUGCUGCUAGUUUUCAACCUAAUUCUGGAGCUUCUGGUGAGUAUGCAGGACUAAGUGUUAUCCGUGCCUACCAGAAAUCUAUAGGUGAGGGACAUAGAAACAUCUGUCUAAUUCCUGUUUCUGCACAUGGAACCAACCCAGCUUCUGCCGCUAUGGCUGGAUUGAAAGUUGUUCCUGUGAAAUGUUUAAACAACGGUAACUUAGAUUUUGAGGACUUAAAAGCUAAGGCUGAGAAGCAUUCUAACCAUUUGGCUGCUUUUAUGGUUACUUACCCUAGCACAUUUGGUAUUUUCGAACACGGAGUAAAGGAGACCUUAAAUGUUAUUCAUCAAAACGGAGGCCAAGUUUACUUUGAUGGUGCUAAUAUGAAUGCAAUGGUUGGACUAUGUAAAGCUGGAGAUUUAGGCGCUGAUGUAUGCCAUUUCAAUCUUCAUAAGACCUUUUGCAUACCACAUGGCGGUGGAGGUCCUGGUGUCGGUCCUAUUUGCGUUAAAAGUCAUUUAGCUGACUUCUUGCCUUCUAACCCAGUUAUUCAUUGCGGUGGUCAAAAGUCUAUUGGUUCGGUUAGUUCUUCUCCUUAUGGUUCUGCUAGCAUAUUGCCUGUUUCUUGGGCUUAUAUGAGAAUGAUGGGCCUUGAUGGGCUACGUGAUGCUUCAAAGGCAGCUUUAUUAAAUGCAAAUUAUAUGGCUGCGCGUCUGGCUCCUUAUUAUAAGCUUGUAUAUACCAACGACAAAGGCCGCUGCGCUCAUGAAUUCAUUUUAGAUGCUCGUGAGUUCAAAGUUAGUGCCGGAAUCGAGGCUACUGACAUUGCUAAACGGUUACAAGAUUACAGUUUCCAUGCACCGACAUUGUCAUGGCCUAUAACUAAUACUCUAAUGGUGGAGCCCACAGAGUCUGAAAGCAUGUAUGAAAUGGAUCGUUUCUGUGACGCCUUAAUAUCUAUUCGCCAAGAAAUCCGUGAAAUUGAGGAGGGUAAACAGCCUAAAGGUAAUAAUUUACUAACUAAUGCACCACAUCCUCAAAGAGACUUGGUUAGGGAAGAAUGGGAUCGGCCUUAUUCGCGUGAACGUGCAGUGUAUCCUGUACCUAUACUUAGUGAACGAAAAUUUUGGCCAACGGUGGCUCGUUUAGACGAUGCUUACGGUGACAAAAACUUGUUUUGUACGUGUGCUCCUAUGCAGUAAGUCAUAACCGAAUGACUCUUCUUUUCCGCUUCAAUCCCCCGUCCCUUCAUUCCUCAAUUAUCUACCUUUAUAGAAGCAAUGGUGCGAUGGUUCAUAAAAGACUUUGCAUUACGCUAUUAGGAAUAUCGGUCCUCUUGUUUAAAAAGUUUCAUGUUCAACUAGGAACAAUUUAUUUAAUGAAGAAAAAAGGAACUGAUUUUCAACAAUCAGAAUGCGAUAAUAAUACUCUCAUAUAAUUAAUAGAAAGAAUAAUAUUAGUGAUACCAACACAUUUAAUGUUGCUUUAGUUAGAGCUGGCAUUUGGAAGCAAAGACUGAAGGCUGGACUAGGAAUAAAUUGACAUAUAAACGUUACAGUGUUAAUAAUGAAAAAUGGUUAUGAAAAU